AUGCGCUCAGGCGCUCGGCUCCUUUCACCAGGCCGCGCCGCCGCUAGCAGCCAGGACGCACCGACGCCUCCGCCAGUCCACUCCACCAGCCACCCGGACGUCCCACCGCCAGCCGCUCCUGGCCUCCUUCCAACAGAACGCGGCGCCGCGCCGCCGUUCGCCUUCUCGGUCGGAGCAAGCACGGGACUGCGCCCACCUCCCAUCUUCAUUCCUGACCGCUGUCGCCGUUCCGGGUCCGGUCUCCCGAGCCGGAGGAGCUACAGGCUGCAGCUACUACCGGCCUACCGCCUCCGACCCUUCGCCUCAUCCUCACAGCCGACCGACACCCUCGUCCAAGUGGCCAGUUCUCAGUCAGUGGAACUGAAGAUGAAGUGGAAUGGUGACAUUAAGUCCUUUUUCUGGAAUUAUGAGGCUGCUAAAAGAAAGAAUGUUGCAGCCGAAGAGCAACCUGAAUAUGAAGAUGCAUUGUCAAAUAUUGAAGAUGAAGCAGUCCUUCCUCCACCUCUAGUCCAUUUUGCAGAGAUUGAAGUUGAUAUUGAAGAUGAAGCAUUCCAUUCUGAUGCAGAGGUUGAAAGUGAUAGUGAAGAUGAAGUGGCAUCACUCCAACAUCCAUGUGCAAGGCCAUAUAAUAUUCAAAGGCUUCCUCCUGAUCCAGGGGAGAGGAUUCCUAUUUCAGAGUAUGAUGUCGAUGAUCAAGAUGAAGUUCGGAGACGAUACAUUGCAAAGCAAGCAGUCCAACCAUAUGCACACAACUUUCAAAUCAGGAAAAUCUGUGGUAAAAAACGACACUUCAACUUUGUUUGGUUUGAGACCUACAAAUGGCUAGAAUAUAGUGUCAAAUAUGAGGCAACAUUUUUCUUUGUGUGUUAUUUGUUCAAAGGGAAAUCGAAUGGGGGGCCUAGGGGUGAUGCCUUAGUUAAUGGUGGUUGAAAAAAUUGGUAUAAGCCCGUGCAAUGGUCAAACAUGUUGGUGGUAUUAGUAGCAUUCACAACAAAGCUCAAGAGAAGUACAAUUUAUUUGUGGCACCCCAACCAUCAAUUGAUAACAUUAUGGUGAGGGUGGAUAAAGAGGAUUUGCGUAUGUACAAGGCUAGGCUGACUUAUUCACUUAGAUGCCUGAGGUUUCUUUUGAACCAAGGAUUGGCAUUUCGUGGACAUGAUGAGAGUGAAGAAUCUAGCAAUAGGGGGAACUUUCUUGAACUUCUUAAAUGGCUUUCGGAAAAUGAUGAAGAAGUUAAUAAACUUGUUUUGAACAAUGCUCCUGGGAAUUGCAUCUUGACUAGUCCAAAGAUACAAAAUCAAAUAACUGAAUGUUGUGCGAAGCAAACAACUAAAAGAAUUAUUGAGGAUAUUGGUGACGACCACUAUGCAAUCCUAGCUGAUGAGUCUACUGAUGCAUCUCAUAGAGAACAACUUGCUCUCUGCAUACGAUUUGUUGACAAAUCGGGAAGAGGAUGUGAGAGGUUCCCUGGAGUUGUUCAUGUUGCCAAUACAACUUCAUUGUCACUUAAGGAUGCAAUUCAAACUUUGCUUAAAGAUCAUCAUCUGACUCCUAGUCAAAUACGUGGGCAAGGAUAUGAUGGGGCUAGCAACAUGAAAGGGGAGAUUAAAGGGUUCAAAACAUUGGUCAUGAAAGAGUCACCAUCUGCCUAUUACAUCCAUUGUUUUGCACAUCAACUUCAGUUGGUUCUUAUAGCUAUGGCAAAGGACAAUGAACCAUGUUUGUGGUUCUUUGAUCAUGUUUCUUACUUGCUCAAUAUUGUUGGAGUUUCUUGUAAGCGCCAUGACAUGCUUCGAGAUGUUAGAGCUCAAAAGGUGUUGGAAGCACUUGAAAUGGGUGCGUUUGAAAGUGGAAGUGGGCUAAAUCAAGAGAUGGGACUAGCUAGACCCGGCGACACUUGUUGGGGUUCUCAUUUAAAAACCAUUAUCCACAUUGUUAGCAUGUAUUCCACAAUCCUUGAAGUACUUGAUGCUAUUGGAAAAGAUCCUUCACAAAAAAGUGAGUGGACAAGAAUACGUGGAGUUGCUCAAGCCUUUGAAUCAUUUGACUUUGUUUUCAAUCUUCACUUGAUGCUUGUUAUUCUUGGCUAUACAAAUGAGUUGUCCAAAUCUUUG